AUGUCUGAGUUGACUUUUUGCUUCCUGAGUCGGUGUCUUCAAAGCCGAAAUACAAUAAACCUUCUAGCAAUAGCUCAAAGAUGACAACUUCUACAAACUUGAAUAGCCUUGCUAGUCUUAAAAAUGAGGGACAAUGAUACAAAAUUCCAAGGGCCCUCCAAAAAAACAAAAAAAUUUUUGUUCGUUCACGAAUUUUUUUUAUUUGUUCAAAUUUUAAAAUAUCCCGAUUAGAUAUAAUUUUAAAGCAAACAUUAAUUUAAUUUCAAAAUUUAUGUUUUAAAUGCAAGCUGUUUAAAAUUAAAUAGAGCUAGCAAGAGAUUUCAUUAUAAUUAUAAUUUAUAUUUCAAAUAUUUUUUCAUAAAGAUUUUAUAUUAAAAAAACUUGUGUUCGCUCACGGGGUGGAUUUUUCCAAUAGGAGGAGUUUUGUUCACUCACGGGGGGGGUUGGAGUAAAGAACAAGUUUAUAUUUUUCAAAAAAAAAGAUUUUAUAUUUAUCGCCUAAGCCAAAAGGAAGGCUAUAG